AUGCAUUUCCUGCAUCUACUUUACGCCUCACUUGCCGCUUUCAUGUUGGAAGUGAGAGCUUCAAACUGCUCUCCGUUCCCUUCUUCGGUGGUCGAAUUCUCUUCCGGAUUUGAACAGCCAGAGCCUCCCUCCAUCAAGGCUGAAUAUGGGACCAACUUCAUCCAACACAAGUGGAAUCAAAAUCUGUCGCACAUAACGACUGGUUAUAUCAGGAAUUCCCCAUCGCAGCUUCUUGUGCGUGCUGAUGAAGCCUACGAUGGAACCUUGGCAUCUUCCGUCUUCAAUUACGCCAACUCUACCAAGGAAGGACUGGUGGACAACACGCUUACCAGUUAUGAUGAGUCUGGAAAGCCAACUGUGUGGAGGGGGUGGAACAUUAUGUACCAGGGGGCAAUCCCUGUCACAGUCUAUGUGAACAGCUGCAACAUCAUGGUUGGGUACGACUAUUUCUCCCCAGGUCUACGUACAAGGGUCAUCACCGAAUACUUCAACAUUCAGGCCUAA